AUGGUAAGUAGAAAAAUUACUUAUUGCGUAAUUGCAGGAGUUGUCACUAUUAAACUUUUUACAACCCUCAAAAAGAAGUGAAUUUCCUAUUCGUUUUUAUGCAAUUACUAAUUGAAAAUAAAAAGAAUUAGAUCAUAUCUUAAUAAAAAAUAAGAAAAUCGAUAUGCAAAAAAAUAUACAAAUAUUGUGAAUAAAAUAUAAGCUUCAUAAAAAAGCAUUGAAAAAAAGAGCAGAAAGAGAUGCAAAAAUACCCAAAAUCCCAGAAGUUGAAGAAUCAAAACAAGAAUUUAUUUUAGCACUUUCUGCUACAGAAUUAGCAAGGGAAAUCAGAGAAGGCCGAAUUUCAUCAGUCGAAGCAACCGCAACCUAUAUAUCUAGAUCAUAUAAACUAGGCCGUCAAUUUAAUUUAACAACUGAAGAACUUUUUGAAGAAGCUUUAGAACUGGCCUACUUGCGUGAUUUACAGCUUAAGGAAAACCCAGAAUCUAUAGGCAAACUUCACGGUGUUCCUAUCAGUUUCAAAGAUAUUUUUUCUCAAAGAAAUUGUACCACAUCUGGAGGAUGCGCAUGAAGGCUUGAUUUUCCUGAUACUGAAGACUCUUUUGUAGUCCAAACUUUAAAAGAUGAAGGAGCAAUCCCAUUUGUAAGAACUAAUGUUCCACAAGGAAUCAUGGCAAUAGAAAGCGCGAAUGAAAUAUAUGGAAGGUCAGAUAACCCAUGGGAUCCAGAUUUCACAGUUGGAGGCAGUUCAGGAGGGGAGGCCGGAUUGAUAAACGGAUACCAGUGAAUUGAAUUGUUUUUUUUUAAUAAUAAAUAUUUUUUGAAGGAAAAUAAAAAUCCAAAGUUACUGUAAUAAGCAUAGCUUGCAGAGGAUCUCCAAUUGGAAUAGGAAAUGAUAUCGGAGGGUCUGUUAGGAUUCCUGCUUCAUUUUGUGGGGUAUAUGGCUUUAAAAUAACUCCAGAUCGCCUAUCAUCAAAAGGGGUAAGAAACCCACAUACACUUGGACUAAAUCCAUUUUAUUUUCAAAUAAGAGGCGCUUGUGGACCAAUAGGAAAAUGCGUAGACGACUUGAAACUAAUUUUGGAAAUUUGGUGGCAGGAAAAGUGGUCAAAAUAUGAUUUCAAUUAUUGCUUAUUGCCUUUUAGUACCCAACUUUAUAAAGAAAUUUAUGAAAAAAAUAGUCUAAGGAUUGGGUAUUUUGUGGAUUUAAAAUAUUUCGAAAGUUGCCCUGCUUUAAAGAGAGGGCUUAAGGAAUGCAAAGAAGCCCUUGAGAAGCAAGGUCACACUCUUAUAGAAUUUAAGUUCCCAGAGAUUGACCAAGGAGGAGUUUUAUUCACUAAGUCCCUAUUAUUAUAUUUUAAGGAUUCUUGAAUGUGGUGGCAAUCAUUAAUAUAAUAAUUUAUUAGAAAAGUAAAAUCAGAAAAAAAUCCUAUUAAAUGUUUUGAAGGAGUAAGGUUCUCCAGGGAGAACUUUUUGGGACGGCAAAAAAUACUGCAAGGCUCUGCAAAAACCUGCAAGGCCAGUAAAAAAAUGGCAAAGCCAAGCAAAAAAUGCAAAACUUGCAAAAACAUUGGACAAAAGCAAAAGCAAUUUAAAAAAAAAGCAAAGCCAUGCAAAAAUUUAAAAAAAAAUGAAAAAAUUUCGCAAAGCAGGCAAAACUUUUGCAGGUUGGCAAAAAAGUUGCAAAAAUUGGCAAAAAUCACGAUUAGAAAAUUUAACAGUAAAAUUUAAUAAUUUAUUGGAAGUGUAGUACAAUGUUAAAUUAUUUAAAAAACAUAUAAUAUAGAAAAAAUAGAAAUUAGUUUCGUUAAAUAAAUGCUAAAGUUUAAUACAAAUAUCUUUUAAAGAAUUUUCUAAAAGCAUGACUUAAAAAUUUUCAAAAUUUGGAAAAUUUAAUUUUGGCAAAAUUUUAAAAUGAGAUACAACAAAGUGUUUUGCCAAAAUUAAAUUUUCCAAAUUUUUAAAAUUCUUAAGUUAUGUUUUUGGAAAAUUCUUUAAAAGAUAUUUGUAUUAGACUUUAGCAUUUAUUUCACGAAAUUAAUUUCUAUUUUUUCUAUAUUAUAUGUUUUUUAAAUAAUUUAACAUUGCACUACACUUCCAAUAAAUUAUUAAAUUUUACUGUUAAAUUUUCUAAUCGUGAUUUUUGCCAAUUUUUGCAACUUUUUUGCCACCCUGCAAAAGUUUUGCCUGCUUUGCGAAAUUUUUUCAUUUUUUUUUAAAUUUUUGCAUGGCUUUGCUUUUUUUUUUAAAUUGCUUUUGCUUUUGUCCAAUGUUUUUGCAAGUUUUGCAUUUUUUUGCUUGGCUUUGCCAUUUUUUUACUGGCCUUGCAGUUUUUUGCAGAGCCUUGCAGUAUUUUUGCUGUCCCCAAAAAGUUCUCCGUUCUCCAGACUUGUGGAAGUCGCUUCAUUGAAGACUAUUUAAAUGGUGAAACUCCUGAGUCCUCCCUCUUAAAAUUGAAACAAAGUUUGAAAAUUUUAUAGGUAAAAUUACUGAAUUUUAUAAAUUUAAUUUAGACCGAAUUUGAUAGAAAGUGCGAGUAGAAUAUUAUUUAAGCAGUUUCUCACUGAAUAGAUUAAGUUUUGAACUAAUUCUUCAUAACUAUUGAGUUCAAUUAUUUUUUUUAAAAAAAAAAUCAGCCUCCCUUCAACUUUAAACAGGAUAUUUUAUUCCAAUUUAAAGGGGGGAGCUAAUCUUUUUACAACGUUCUCUUUUUCUUAAAUAACCACCCAAUAUGAAAAAGAUUAAUCCUCCUUUUGCUGAAAGUAACCAAAAAUGAGCGCUUGCAUGAAUUAAUGAGCUUAAAAUCCAAUAUUUCAGCUAGCGAAUAUAUUGACCUUUAUAGAGAAAUUACUGAAUUCACUCGAAAAUUCACAGAUUAUUGGCUUUCUCUUAAUUUAGAUGUCGUUAUUAGUCCUUCCUUUGGCUCUGUAGCACUUCCUCACAGAGAGUCGAUUAAGGGAAUUGCAGGACUUGCCUAUUCAUCAUUAUGGAACGUAAUUGGCUACCCUGCAGGAGUAGUUCCGAUUGGCUUUGUCCAUGAAGGAGAAACGAAUUAUGUGAGCAAGCAUAAUGACUUAAUUACUUCUAGAGCCAGAGAAAUCACAAAGAACACUGAAGGUCUCCCAAUUUCAGUCCAUGUCGCAAGUUUACCAUAUAGAGACGAAAUUGCCCUUGGAGUCAUGAGGAAAAUCGAAGACAUUUUUAAAUUCCAUAGACAUCCUAUUUAA